GUCCUUUCACAAUUAUUUAAUUUUUAUUUAAUUUUGUUGUAAUAUAGUUUUAUUUAUUGUUAUUUAAUUUGUUGCUUAGUUUUCUGGAGGUCCUUCAAUUAUUAAGACUUUGUCGAUAAAUUUAAUUUUAAUUUAAUCAAAAUCACACGUGUUUUGCUAAGUGUUCUUAGUUUGUUGCUUUUGCCAAAGGUUAUACUUUUGGUUGGUUCUCUGUAAGUUUUGGUCGGGAUUUCAUUCUCCUUUUGUAGUUGAGUUUUAAUUUUUUAGUUAGGUGUUUAAAUAUGAAUUUAGUCUAUAUAGUUUAAUUCAAGGAUUUUAUUUUCUAAUACUUGUGUUUUCUUGGUGUUGUUUGUUUUUUUCAAGUAGUAUUUCUGUAUUACAAGUCGAAACUUUGGCUCUCUAGUAAAGCUAUCAACAAAGAAAGGGUGUUUUUAAUGAGCUGGAGGUGCUGUUUGAGGAUGUUAUAGUUUUAUCGUCUAAAUUUUCAGGGGCAGUUUUGUCCCAUAUGGCUCGGAUAAAAAUUUUGCAGCGCAUGGUUUGACAAAGCAUGUCCUUCGGUUAGACGAUGAGCUAUCCUGGUUCGAGGAGAUGAUGUUAUCGUUUGCGGAUUGCUGCAAUGUUAAUCAUCUGUGAUUUUGAUCACCGCGUCAAAAAAAAAAUUAGUAAUUUUUGUCCAAAAUAAUAUUUAUAAAAAAAAAAAAAUCUAUUUGUUCUAAUAAUUAAUGUUAGUUUUAUUAUUCUAAUAAUAAUAAUUAAUGAUAGUGGAACUAAUUAGCAGUUUUUGUUUCUAUUUUUUCAAAAUUAAUUUCUUUUAUUUUUUUUUAAAUAAUUUCUCUAUUUUGAUUUGUAUUUAGUUGAACUCUUUUGUAAGUGUCUAUAGAUUCAUUCAACAACGGACCACCACAGUCACUUAUGUGUACCAAAACGACAUAUCGUUUCUCCUUUAAAAAAAAAUACAACGACAUUUCACUAAAAAAAUGAAUUAAGAAUUUUUAUGUCAUAGAAAAAAGUGAAGACACGCCGUUUGAUUAUACAAUAAACGGAAUUCCAUAAACGACAUGUCGUUUAAUUAAUGAUAUCAAUUCACACAGCAGCAAAUAACAUAUAUAACAGCAAUAACUUCCACAUUUUCAUUAGAACCCUCUUAUGAAACUCCCUCUCUUUCCCUCUCUCUAGUCACAAGAUCAUCUUCUUCAAUUGCAAAAAAAAUGGAUGAUUUACCAUUAACUUGUAUCACAAACAAAAUUAACAAGAAGUUACAAGAAUUGGAAAACUCAGAUGACUUUCAAGGUUUAGUUGAAUUAGGAAAUGAACUUACUUCUCUCCUUAAAGAAGCAUCAUCAUCACUUUUGGGGAGCGUUGAAGAUCAAGAAUUCAAUGCCAAAUACACAGAGUUAAAGAAACAAGCUUUAAGUCUAAUCGAUCGAACCUAUGAGUUUGAAGAAAAACACCUAAAGUACAACAUUCCAUCUCUAAUUGGUGUACAAUCUUUCAAGGGUUACUUGGAAAAUUUACAAGAGUUUAUGAAAAACGUUUGGGAGAAAGAAUCCAAAGAAAAAAGAGAAAAAGGAGGAAAGAGUUUGAUUGAGUGGCUACAACACCUUGACCAUCAUCAUCAAUCUGAAAGAAAGACUACCAUUGAAGAAAUGAAGAAGGCUGUGAUUGAUCUUGGCACUGAUAUUUCUGUAAUUAUCACUGAAUUUCUUCUUUUGGUGGUGAUUUUGGGUGAUAGGAAUGACAUAAUGAAGAAUCUUGAUGAUUUCAAGGCUAUGAUAAAACUACUAAGUGUUGAGAAAACUAAUGAUUCUAUUGUGAUCAAGACUUUCUUAUCUGUGAUCCAAUUAGUAGUAAGAACAAUGAAAAAGAGAAAGAGUUUGAGUGGGAAAAGAGGAGAAAAAUCUGAGGUCGCCGGCGAAAUAGAACUCGAGAUCAUGAGAAUGAUCCUUAAAGAAAUUUUGAGACUUGAAGUUGCUCUGUGUUGUCCUGAUUUGGUUAUGGUGUUGACAGAUGAGAUAUACUUAUCUAUGAUAUCUCAUCUCAGAAAUUUCUUUGAGUGUAAAUUGAGUGAUUUGAAUUUGAAGGUGAAUGAAUUGAGGAUACAAGUUGUUUCUUUGCUUAUAGAUGAAAAUCAUGAUAGUCAAGAAGAAAGGAAAUUGAAAAUUGCUAAGGAAACAAUGGGUGCUGGAGCUCAUAACAUAUGGACCAAAUUUGACAUUAAUUCAUCAUCAUCUUCUUCAUAAGUCUACAUUGAAUACAGCUGCUUAUGAUGACAGUUGGUUGGUUUAUUCGGUUAGCUUGCUUAGAGUCUAUGUUAGUGUCGUUAGUCAUGUAGAUAAAGCUUUGUAAGCAUGGAAAUGAGUAGUAAGUGCAUAUAAUAAUUUUUAGGUUAAUACCCCUAAAUUUUAAUAUGUACUAAAUUAUAUUUUUUGAAUUUUUUUUACCGUUAAAAA